AUGUAUCAGUACAAGAUCCAACCAGACAGGCAGCCAACAGUGGGGAUGAUGGUGAAGAGCUUCUGCAAGGCGCUGUAUAACCACAUCUUCUUUGUUAUUCCAUCUGUAAUAAUCGGCAUGUUCAUAUUGCCUGCACCAACACUGCCACAUGAGGCUCCUACUCUGUGUGAGGUUUUCAUUGAUGGACUGGCUGUGCUACUCGUCUUUGACACGCAGUACUACAUUUGGCACUUCAUACAUCACAAGCAUCCACAGCUUUAUCGUUGGAUCCACGCCAUCCACCACGAAUAUGCUGCGCCCUUCUCCUGGUCGACCGAGCAGCUCAGCAUCCCAGAGCUGAUGACUGUGGGACUGUGGAGCAACCAGGACCCUCUCGCUUUAAAGUGUCACCCGCUGACAACAUGGUGCAUCACGGUCCUCAGCAUCUGGAUGUCCGUGGAAGACCACAUAGGCUACGACCUGCCCUGGACCCUCAACCACCUGGUGCCUUUUGGUUUGCUGGGUGGUGCUCCGGCUCAUGACAUGCACCACCAGAAGCCGAACAGCAACUACGCUCCUUUCUUCAGUCACUGGGACAUCAUCUUUGGCACCAGCGUUCCUCUGAAGAAAAAAAUUGUGAGAUCAUGGUAA